AUGCAAACGCUCCGGGAGGCUGAACUCUGUUUCCCGCUGCUCCUCAACUCGUCCUGCAGGAAGCUGGUGCUCCCUCAGCCUGAGAGAACCAUCUCCUACCUCCUGCUGUCGUCCAUGUCUCUGCUCACGGUGACGCUCAACCUGCUGGUCAUCAUCUCCAUCUCACACUUCAGGCAGCUCCACACUCCCACCAACCUCCUCCUCCUCUCUCUGGCCAUCUCGGAUUUCCUCAUCGGCUUCCGCAUAUCCUUUCAAAUUGUGCUCCUCGACGGCUGCUGGCUGCUCGGUGACCACAUAUGUGUUGUGUUUAUCAUUUUGGAUUACAUCAUCACCUCUGCCUCCAUAGGAACCAUGGUGCUGAUUUCUAUCGACCGCUACGUGGCUAUUUGUGACCCCAUGCAUUACCCGACCAAAUUCACUCAGAGAAGAGUUAAAGUCCACGUGUGUUCGUGUUGGGCGGCUUCAGCUCUGACUCAGAUUCUGCUGCUGAGGGACAAACUGAUGGACCCGGGCAGCUCCCACUUUUGCUAUGGAGAAUGUGCUCUCUUUCAGGAUCAAGUUUCUGGACUUGUUGAUCUACUUCUGUCCUUCAUCGGCCCGGUCAGCAUCAUCAUCGUUCUGCAUGUGAAGGUGUUCCUCGUGGUCGUGGCUCAGGCCCGUGCCAUGCACUCCCAAAACGCAGCCGUCGCUCUGGUGAAGGUCAGAGUCAAGAAAUCUGAAAUCAAAGCAGCCAAGACCCUCGGUGUUGUCAUUGCUGUGUUUCUGAUUUGUACCUGUCCAUAUUUUUGUGCUUCACUCAUUGGCCAGGACCAGUCCUUCAACAUUAUAUCUGAUACCUUUGUGAUUUGUCUGUUUUACUUUAACUCCUGUCUCAACCCCCUGAUCUUCGCCUUCUUCUACCCCUGGUUCAGAAAAUCCAUGAAACUCAUUGUUACACUGCAGAUACUGAAGUCUGGCUCCUCUGACUCCAGGUUGGUGAAGAGCGUGCAGUGA